AUGGACCCCAAAAUGUGGAUCGACAUCAACGCGGAGUCAUUUCAGUACUCUCUUGACCACUUUGUUAUUCCUGACCACUACGAGACCGCCCUCUCGAGCGUACUGAUUCCUCACGGAGUGAUCAUGGACAGAGUCGAGAAACUCGCCAAGUUGAUUGUCCAGGAGGCCACCGGUCCUCUUGUCGUCUGCUGUGUGCUCAAGGGUGGUCACCAGUUCUUUGCCGACCUCGUCAACUACAUCAAGAAGAACGUCACCCGUGGUGGAAACUCAGUCCCCUUGAGCCUCGAGUUCAUCAAGGUCAAGUCCUACAACAACGACGUCUCGGGCGACGUCAAGUUGUCCUUGACCGACGACGAGUGCAAGGAUUUCGAGGGAAAGAACCUCUUGAUUGUUGAGGAUAUCAUUGACACUGGAAAGACCAUGGUUCAGUUGUUGGCCAAGUUGAAGAAGUUUUCGCCCGAGUCGGUUAAGGUUGCAUCGCUGUUGAUCAAGAAGACCCCUCUCUCGAACGGAUACAUCCCCGACUAUGUUGGAUUCGCCAUCCCGAAUGCCUUUGUUGUUGGAUAUGCAUUGGACUACAACGAGUACUUCCGUGAUCUCGACCAUAUUUGUGUUAUUAGCGAACACGGAAAGGAGAAGUACGCCGUCAAGAACUAG